GCUUUUAUUUUUUAUGCUUAUUCAAUUAUUUGUAGCCCUAUUUGUAUUCUUAAAUUUUGAUCUCUUUAGCUAUUCCCUGUUUCUUUCAUCUUCGACCUCCCUUAUACUAAGUUAUCUGUUCUGUAUAAACACUUGAUGGCUAAUCACUUCGACAAAGUGUAUGUGGAAUGGUAUCAUCACAGUGAGUCAUUUUACCAUGAAUCUGAUGUAGAGAGUGAUUAUGAUAUGCAUGAAUUUGAAGAGGAGAGUGAUUAUGAUAUGCAUGAAUCUGAAGGAAUGCAAGAAAUGCUACAUGAUAUUGGAUGUGCUUAUAACAUCAAUGACGGAUCAGAUGAACCUGUUGGGAUUAGUUCAAGCAAUGUGAAUAAGGAAGCUGUGGAGUUUUAUAGACUUUUGAAGGAGGCAGACAAAGAACUAUAUCCCAAUUGUCAGCAUUUCUCUCGCCUAUCUUUCAUCGCGCAACUAAUGAACAUUAAAAUCCUUUAUGGAUUGAGUGGGAGAGCAAUUGAUGCAAUUUUAGAAUUAUUGACUAAAGUUCUUCCAAAGGGCAACAAGGUACCUUCCUCAUUCUAUGAAGCAAAGAAGAUUUUUGAAGAGUUAGGAUUAAAGUAUGAGAAGAUAGAUGCUUGUGUGAAUGAUUGUAUUCUUUAUUGGGGAAAAUAUGAAAAAGAACAAUCAUGUCCUGUUUGUGGUGUUAACAGAUGGAAAAAUGGUGGAGAACAAGAUAGAGGAAAGCAACUUCCUUGUAAGAUUUUGCGUUAUUUUCCUCUAAAGGAUAGGAUUAAGAGAUUGUACAUGUCACCUAAAACGGCAUCAGAGAUGAUAUGGCACGAAAAAAAGCGUCCUGAUGAUGGAUUUAUGCGACAUCUCGCAGACUCUUUGGCUUGGAAAAGCUUUAACUCUCAGCAUCCUUCUUUUUCUGCAGAUCCACCUCCAGGAAAUGACAUUGAUGUAUACCUUCAACCUUUGAUAGAUGAAUUGAAGGACCUAUGGGAAAAUGAAGUGGAGGUGUAUGAUGCGGCAUCAAAAUCUAACUUUAAUGUGCGGGUAGCUUUGAUGUGGACGACUAGUGACCUUCCGGGUCUUGCUAUAUUAUCAGGAUAUAGUACAAAAAGUAAAUUUGGAUGUCCAAUUUGCAAGACUGAGACUUGUUCAUUAAGGCUCCGAAAUGGUCAUAAAACAUGUUACUUGGGUCAUCGUCAUUUUCUUCCACCGGACCAUCCUUGGCAUGAAGAUGCAAAUGCUUUUGAUGGAACAGCAGAACAUCGUCAUGCACCUAAAGAGUUGACGGGAAAAGAUGUGGUGGAACAAUAUAAGCUCUUCAAUCAGAUACAUGUAGAAGACAUGGAAUCACUCGAGAAGUCAAUAGUUGUGACUUUUUGCAAGCUGGAGAAGGUCUUUCCCCCGUCCUUUUUCGAUAUAAUGAUUCAUUUACCUUUACAUUUGCCUGGGGAAGCAAAAGUUGCAGGCCCUGUCUCCUAUAGGUGCAUGUACUUUGUUGAAAGAUUCUUACGUCGGUUGAAGUCAUUUGUUAAGAAUACUGCUCAUGUAGAAGGAUCGAUUGUCGAGGCUUAUAUUGUUCAUGAAGCUGUGAUGUUUUGCUCAUUAUAUAUGCCUGAAGUUGAGACAAGAUUAAAUCGUGUUGGAAGAAAUUAUGAGGGGGUGGAUGAAUCAACUACCUCGAAGCUUCAAAUUUUUAAAUGUAUUGGGAGGCCAUUACGAGAAAACAAAUAUGAGGAGUUGAGCUUCAUGGAAUGGGAUCAAGCUCGAAGCUAUGUGCUUCAUAAUUAUACAAAAGAUUCAAAUUGGCAUGUUGUGAUCAAGACAAAACCUCGUGAUUUUUAUGAUUUUCCUCCUGAUGAAGAUACAGUUGAGUCAUAUCAUGAAAAUGAGGAGAUUGGGCAUACACAACAAGAUGCCUUGGUGUGUGAUAAUGAUCUUAUUUUGAAUCGAUUAGAAAUAGAAAAUGUUGAUGUUGAACAAAGGCCAAUAACUAAUGACCUGUUGAUAGAAGAUGAAGAUGUAGAAGAUGAAACUGACUAUGAGGAUGAUCUUAUUUUCAGUGAAGAAGAAGGGGGGCCUCCACCAGAAGAUACAGAUGGUGAUGAUUUAUGAUCAUUUGCUUUGAUUUGUAAUUUAAUGUUUUGGGACAAUAUUUUGGAAUCUAUUAUUAAAGUUAUGUAAAAUUAUUUUAUUAAGAUUUUAUUAUUUAAUUUAAUUUAAUUUUAGUGGUUUUUUUUCUUCAUAACAUAAAGUUCAUUUAUGAUGUUUGCAGCAUUGGUGCUAAUAAAAUAAAGUACAUGAA